UUCGGUGUUUUGAUCUCUGGUGUUGAUAAAAGAAAGUUGAGACUGGGUUGUGCGUUUAACUCAAACGCCGAGUUAAUUUGCACCAUUCCAACCUUAUGGUGAUAUUUAGCAGAUGCAUAUUUGAAUAUCUUAACGGCAGAUGUGUGGUCACACUCCAAACAACACACAGGAAGAGGUGAUGCAUAGACGGAACCACAAGUAUGGAACCUCUGACUCCAUGGUUCACGAGUAUUUCACACUCCCUAAUGAAGGGUUUCCUACACUAAACAUUCCUUGUUAGACUGAUUGUGUGCUGGUGUAUGGAGUAUAAUGUAACCAUGGCCAGUGUGCUGUGUGUGGUGCUCUUGGGGAUUCAAGUCAUACAAGUAUUGGCUGUCAGUCCAUGUGAGGAUACAGCUAACUGGGUGGGGUAUUGUGGAGACAACGCAAGGACAAUCUGCAGCUACCCUCUCAGUGCAUCAAGCAAUGCAUACAUCCACUGUAAGAAGACUUGCAAGAUCUGCGAGUCAGACACAGCGUGUGGUGAUGGCUACUAUGGACCAGAGUGUAAGCCCUGUGUGUCUCGCUGUGACAACAAUGGCCAGUGUGAGGACAAGAAGCCCACUGAGUGUCCACAGACCUGUCUAGAUGGUAACUAUGGCUUCAACUGUAGCCGGAGAUGCCCCAGCAGUAACUGUGUCAUGUGCAAUCGCUGGUCUGGACAGUGUGAGGCGUGUAAAGAUGGACUCUAUGGUAGGAAAUGCCUCAAGAGAUGCUCAGAACAUUGUAUGGACAAAACUUGUGACAUAGAUAGUGGAGAAUGUCUUGAUGGAUGUGAACCUAUGUGGGUGGGUGAUAAAUGUGAUGUUAAAGAAAUAAUCUGUGAGAACUGCGAUCUUCAUAGCUGUACCGAUGACAAGACAUGUCUGUCUGGUUGUAAAAGUACAUGGUAUGGCCCCAAGUGUGACCAACAGUGCACAAAGUGUAAAAAGCAAAAUUGUACCAGUUCUGGUGUCUGUCAAGCUGGAUGUACAAGUGGCUUCUAUGGGAACACAUGCACUGAUAGCUGUAGUGAGUUUUGUGACAAGAAAGCGAUGUAAUCAGACUGGCUAUUGUAACAACUGUGUGUCAGGAAGACAUGGAGAAGACUGCACCUCUAUCUGUAGCCCUAACUGUGAGGGUUCCUGCUACAGAAGUAGUGGUAAAUGUAGGGUCUGUUCUGUUGGAUGGUAUGGGCCGGUUUUGUAGUAAGUCCUGCAACAACUGUCUGAAUGGCUGUGAGAGA